AUGGAGAAGGAGCUUUCGGAUGUCAACAAGCGUUUGCGAGUACAGACCGGUGUGACACCGGUGUCGGAUUUGAAGCGCAGCCGACCGAUUGAGGUUGGGUCUGAUAUCGUCCCCCAGGGCCGUGCACCCGCGACGAGCAGUGCCCGUGAGAUGGCCCUGCAGGGGCUUCCUCAAGAGGAUUUAACGCCCCACAAACAGCCUUCACAAGCAGUUCACCCAGCUGCCCCGACCAAAGCUGACACUUUGGUUGAGGAUGAUCAGCCGGCUGUUGCAGAAGCUGUUGCUGAGCAGGGGGCUGUGCAGACCGGAGAACCUGGUGAGCAGGCAAAGGGAUCGGUGCAGACCGAAGGACCUGGUCAGCAGGCAAAGGGAGCUGUGCAGACCGAAGGACCUGGUGAGCUGGCAAAGGGAUCUGUGCAGUCCGAAGGACCUGGUGAGCAGGCAAAGGGAACCGUGCAGACCGGAGGACCUGGUGAGGCAAAGGGAGCCGUGCAGACCGGAGGACCUGUGCAGACCGAAGGACCUGGUGAGGCAAAGGGAGCCGUGCAGACCGAAGGACCUGGUAAGACAGUGGGCAGCACAGGUCUCAGAAGCCUUGACAGCAUGUCUACACUCUCUUGGGGCCGCAGAAUCAGCGUGGAAAGCCUGGUCCCGGAUACGCCGAUGAAGCAGCCAGUGCAUUUCUUGGAGCAGCAGGCGUUGGAGCUCCAGGGAAAGCUUUUUCAGGCCUUUGGGGAUGGAGCUACGUUUGCAUCAGAUGAUGAGAAAGGGCGACGGGUGCUCGGGGACCUCGUCACGGAUUGGUUGAUAGAGCUUCAGGGCUCUGAAUACCCUCCGGUCCAGCCGGGAGCAGCGGGGGACACGAUGGCCAUCUCUGCAGUGGAGUGCCUGGAUGCUUGGGCAGCCCUCAGGGCUGUGGCCAAGAAGGAGGCCGAUCUGCAAGAGCAGUUGCAAGCCAAGAUGGCUCACGCAGACCAGGCCGUGGCAAAGGCUUUGUCGAGCGUGGUCCAGCACGCCGGGCAGGCCGGUGCUUUUUCGAACAGCGCUGCUGUUACGCAGCGCAUGGCUGCUUGGAAAAGGAGCCUGCAGGAGCAAGGCGAGAAGGAGAUCCAAGGGGUCAAGGAGCAGCUGCAGAUGGCCACCAGUCGUCUGGAAGCAGGGAUUUCCCAGACAGUGGCAGUGGCCCUUCAGCGGUAUGAUGAGGCCCGCCCCAGAACAGAGGACGAGAUCGUGGGCGCCCUCAUGCUGCAAGUUGAAGAGCACAUGCAGUCUUUGCAGCUGAUUGAUGUGGACCCCGCCUCAGCAGGUGGCACCGGUGGAACCGCGAUGGACGUGGACGCCCACGACACCAAGGAGGCAAAGCUACGGGAGAUGGUCAACCACGGCUUGCUGCUGGAGCGCAACGACGGCCCGCUUUGCCCGGAGCCUGUGCUGGAGGCGGCCAAGGGGAAGAAGUACAGCCGCCUGGGAGACCGGGUCAUCAUCAACCGGUUGUUCGAGGAGUGGGUGCAGGCGUCCGAGAACUGGGCCAGCAGCGCGAUCGUGUUCAAUGCCAGUUUGAGCCGCUCGCAAAGGCGCCGUGGCAGGUAUGUCAUGAAGACGUUCAAGGACCUCAAGCUCCUUUAUGGAGCUGCCUCGGCAAAGGCGAUUCGCGAGAGAAAAAAGGAGAUGGGCUCGGACUGGUGGUGGCCCCACCCGGAGAUGGCCGACAACGAGGAGUGGGAAUGCUUCAAGGUGUACGACUCCAUGGAGUUCGAGGACGAUGAGACCAGCACAGCGGAGCACCAGUUCCGAGCAGAAGGCGCCCUCGAUGGGGAAGCCACCCGGGGUCUUGUGUGCCACGACUUAAUGGUUAUGUCAGCCUACCACCAGCCGGGCGCUCCGGCCGGCUCUGGCUACCAGUUCGGCGUGAUGCGUCCUGCAAAGGCGGCUCCCCCGACACCCGGCACCCCAGCUCCAGGGGGCAGUGGGGGCAAUCCGGGCCAGGAGACGACCGGGAAGGGCGGUGGCAAGAAAGGGAAGGCACCCUCCCUGAGGUCUGAGAAGAUGAAGGAGGGCUAUGCGCAGGAGCUCGACGAGGGCACCCAAGUGGUGGAGACAGCUCGAGGACGACUCGAGGAAUGGUAUGCCCGUAAGAUUGAGGAUGCCGACAUUGUUGGCGAGGAGAGAGGCAUCUACGACGAGGCCAUGCGAGCUGUGGACCAAGCGUUUACAGUCUUGGCUGGCAAGAUCAAGGCGGUAAAGACCGCCACGGUGUCUAGGCACCACCGAAGGAGCCGAAAGCCAAGGGCAAGAGUCGUGCCAAGCCUCGAUGAAGAGUCGGAAGAGCCGGCAUCGCCACCUGUCUUCUGCCGCAUGUGCAUCGAGCGGCCGGGGUGUGGCACACUGAUUACAUGCUUAGGUCGGUCCGUGAGCACUCCUCUUCACGCCUAUGUCAUGAAGACGAUCGGCAAGGGUGAAACUUCGUUUGCGGGUGCCCGGGAGAUGCUGGAUGCUGUCAACAAAGAGUUCCAGGGCCAUGGUAUGGAGCUAGCCGGGGCUGCAGGGGAACUGAUUUCCACAUCGGGAAGAUGGCCUAGCAACAUCCAACGAGACAUGUUACGACGGUGCAAAGCGUCCAAAGUCCCGGUUACCAAGUUGGCUGUCCCUGUGAUCCUGAAGGGUACGGUGAAGAGAAGGACACUUCCUGUGGCUCUGCCACAUGAGGUGUUGCCCUGGCUGGUGCAACGGGGCAUUUUCCCCCUGGAUGAUUCUGCUGAGAUUGUGCGUUUCUGGACGCAUGCUCGAAGUGUCGGCUUGCCAACCGGGGGUGCCACUGACUUUCACAUUCCUUUGUGGAUCUGGGGAGACGAUGCUAAGUUUACAGAGACACACCAAGACAAGUUAGUGGUGGUGGCCUUCGGAAGGCUGCUUGAGACCUCCAAGAAUGCCCUGAAGACUGUUUGGCCUCUGUUCACCUACCAACAGGUCGUGAAAUCCUUCAACAUCCUCUUUGAAGAGGGUGUCAUGGUGACGACACCGUCUGGGCAGCGCAAACGUGUGUAUGCAGCAGUGGUACAGUACCAGGGUGACUGGAAGUGGCACAAGGCCUGA